UUUUAAGCCUACUUAGCGGUGUUUGUUUAAUUUGAUUCUUUUUUCAAAUUUGCGUUUCGAUCUACUUCGAAAUUUUGGAUUUGUAACGAGUGCGUGAUUUUUCUUAGUGUACAAUCGAUUUGUUUGGGAUUUUUAAACAUGUUGUUUGAAGUCAGAACAUCCCUCCUGCUGGCCGCGUUUUGCGCAAUCGCCAAAACCGAGCCCCCCAGCACCGACUACGGCACCCCCCUGGGGGCCCCCAUCACCAAUUACCAAGGGGCCGGCGCCCAAUACAACCCUCAAAGCACCUACAACAACAACAACAACCACCUCAACUCCUACAACAACAACAACCACAACUCGUACAACAACUACAACAACAACAACGGAAACGGGGGCGAUCACGGUGAUCACGAUCACCACGAUCACGGCGACGGAGAGCCGAAAUCGUACGAGUUCGGGUACCAGGUGAAAGACGACUACACGGGCACCAAUUACAACCGGCAGGAAUCCAGCGACGGGAACCAGGUCAGGGGUGAAUACAGGGUGGCCCUGCCCGACGGUCGUACCCAAAUCGUGACGUACUGGGCCGACUGGAAGAGCGGGUUCCACGCCGACGUCAAGUACGAGGGCGAAGCUCACUAUCCCGAGCAGUACAACAAAGGGUACCAAGGCGUUUCGAACCAAUACGGCGCUCCGUCAUCAGGGUACAACGGUUACAACGCCAUUAAUAAUUUAGCGAGUAAUAGUCAAGAUGGCUACAAUUACAACAACAACAACAAUCAUUUCGACUCGUCGUACAACAGCAACAACAACAAACCGAGCAACGCCUACGGAGCUCCAUAG